AUGCUACUCAAGGGGGGACGUAAAUGUGACAGUAUAGAGAAAUACGAGAAACUUUGCAGAAUAUCCUCGGGUAGCUUUGGAAAUGUGUACAGGGUGAGGCGGAAGACAGACAAGAAGGAGUUUGCUCUAAAGAGGAUGAAUCCGUCGAUGUGUCACGACACCAACGGGUUUUCGAUCCUAUACAUGAGAGAGGUGAUGAUUCUAAAGCAUGCAAGAAACAAGAAUGUGAUGGGGAUCGAGGAGGUGGUGGAAGGAUGCGAGAUCAAUGAUUUUUUCAUCGUGAUGGAGUGCUGUGACAUAGACCUGAAGUCCAUUGUUCUGAAGACAGGGGGGAUUGGUAUGGAAGUGGCCAAGUUCUUUACAUACCAGAUUCUUCAAGGACUUGAGUUUCUGCACGGAAUCGGAGUAGUCCAUAGAGACCUGAAACCGUCGAAUAUUCUUCUUAUGAGGAGCGGAGAUCUGAAGAUAGCAGACUUCGGGCUUGCAAGGGCUGUUGGAAGCACAAUGACCAAUCUUGUUGUUACCCUGUGGUAUAGAGCCAUUGAAGUAUUACUUGGGUCAGAAACCUACAACGAGUCGAUUGACAUGUGGUCUGUCGGGUGCAUUGUUGGAGAGAUGCUGAAGGGAGGGCCAAUUCUACCUGGGGAAGGAGAGAUAGACCAGCUUGAUAGGAUAUUCAAACUUCUAGGAUAUCCUGCAGACGAAGACUUUGCAGGGCUAUGUCUUCCCCAUCUCAAGAACAUCAGAAGACCUGGUAGCUUUGAGGCAAGCUUUGGGCAAGACUUUGGAUGUUAUGGGCAGGAGGUAGUCGACUUUGUCGGAAAUCUUUUGUCUUUUGAUCCUAGAAAGAGACAUUCGGCCUCUCAAAGUCUCAGUAGCUUGUUCGUAGCAAAUGGAAGAGAUUGCCCAAGAGAACUCAUCAAAGACAUGAUGGACUUGUGCAUCAGAACUCCUAAUACUUGA